AUGCCGGCUGAGCGCACCCCCAAAAUGGCAGGGUCGGCAAGGCGCCAACCACCCCCUAAACAACGCGGUAACGAUCGUAGUCAACGUUCGGCUCGUGGUAGUGGCAACGAUGCCAGCAAGAAAGGAGUCAGACCGCCGGGUGCUACUCGUGGACCUCCGCGCCUCAAGGAAUAUGAACCGCCGACGUACUCUCAAGCGCAGUCCCUAUACUUCACCAGUAGCAAUUGGAACGAUGUCGAAACGAUGGUGUCCAGGAUGGGCAUCACGAGUAUCACAUUUGACGCUGACUUCCGCGUAUCAGACGCCCACCUACAGAUCAUUGCCGAGCACCGUUGGUUUGCGAAUUCGCUUGAGAUGAUCGCAUUAGGGGACGAAGAUACGGGAAACGGCACUUUGCUCACAGACGAAGGCGUACUCAAGCUGGUAUCUGCAACUCGUAAUCUGCGGGUUUUGUGGCUUUCGUCUUGUCUGAAUUUGACCGACGCAACCUUGGUCAAUGUUCUCGAACACUGCCCGCGCCUGGAGUCCCUUCGCAUUUCAGAUAUCGGACUCGCGCUGAAACACCUUGUUCUUCUCAGUCAGACGAUAACGGUGGACGCGGGAGGAGAGAGAGAGGCGAAGGCAUUAAGCAAGGCGAAGAAAAGGCUGGCUAUCACAGUAGGCAUCUACCCUGGAAAGUACGAUGAUGACACGCCCAAUUCCGUAUUCUUCAACGGCAAGAUGCAUUUAUUCGGCAUACCUGUUUAA